UAUCUUUUAUGGUAUCAUUAGCAUAGCAUUUUACUACUUGUUCAUCAAGUUACAGACUUUAUAUAAUCUUUUUGGAAUCUCAUUUAUCUGCUGUUAUCCUAAGAUUUAUAUUCCUAGUUGUUUAUAUACAUAUAAAGAUAUAAGAAACAUAUAGGUCUUUAUUUUUAGUUUCAUUGCCCCUCGUUUUUUUGCGCUUGCACCAUGUUGUUGGUCUAAAUCCUUACCUCAAUCAGUACAGCUGGAAGGAAGUUCUGCAGUGACAAUUACAUGAUUGUGUGAUUAUGUUUUCAAGAAGACGAUUGGGUUUGUAAUAUAAAAUAAUAGUUGUCACUGAAGGUAUAGUGAUAGUUUAACGGAAGGUUUUCCACUGCAUAAUUUAUUCACCUCUCUUUACACUAGCAAGGCCGUUAAGUCUUGAUCUUUCAUGAAAUGUGAUGAAAAAUGUCUCACUCCAAAAUCGUUUUAUAAUCCUUCAACAACGUGUAAUUAAUUACUAGAUUUUGAUCCCAUCUUCAUAAAAGUACAAGGCAAGUAUAACGGAUUAUCAUUUUAAGAUUUCAAUUGAAGAUGUAGUUCAAUUCAUCUCUAACAUUUUGUCACUUGGUUCUUAGAUUUAUUACGUCUGAACAUGAAAAUCAUUUUGUCCUAUCAGUGUAAUAUCUCACCACCUAUAGUUCAAUUUAUUAAAAGUUUUGGCAGUUUAUUGAAGUGAAGUACGAAGCUAAAAGUACAAAUAAUUUUAAAUCAAGAUGUACAAUUUUGUGUAAAAAAGAUACGAACUAGUUGAUCGAUUCUAAUAAUAAAAGUUAACCAUCAAACAUAGUUGCUUAGGUUAUGAUCUUGCCUUCAACAUGGUCUGGUUUUCACGUCUUGUCUUCCUAGUGAAACCUUAAGAAAUUUAUCUUGGAGUCACAUUAUGUUCAAGCUAUGAAUGCACCUGAUACAAAUUAUUGAGAAUAAAGCAUUGUAGAGAGAUUUUAUAAAUAUCUAAAACUGGACGAAGCGGAAGACCUGCCUUGUGAACUUUGGGUAGACCGUAUAGUCGUGGUGUGUUAAUCCAGUUGGUUUAAGUGAAUCGUGUAUACUUGAAGUCUGAAAAGUAACCAUCACUUUAAACUGUUAAAAUUACAUGGAAAGUGGAAGACGCAGAUCACCAUAUUAUCGAGAUAAUCCUAAUUUAUCAUCACAUCAAUACAUUGAAGGUGUUGACCCUAAUUCUGAGAUACACGAUCGCCAAAGACCAGCAAGUGUACAAGAUUUAGAAUAUGGGGAAAUGUAUGAUUCUGGUAUACAACCACACUCAACAUCACCACGACUAAAUAAUCCAUACAUUGAUCCGUUAAUUGAGGGUGAUACAGGUGGAAUCGAUCAUCGUGCAACAUCAUUAGAUCGUCGUGGAGAAUAUUAUGGUACACUGAGAGGAAAUUUCGACUCACAAAGUGAACGAUUGACAAGAAAACCAAUUAAUCGACAACCAUAUACAUUGAAAUCACUUAGUUCAAAUCCAGGAUUAUCCGGUAUAUUAGGUUCAGCAAACCCAUCGUCAGGUCGUAGAGCACAUUCGUAUGAUAUGAAUUUAGAAAAACAAGGUCUGACAGAUUAUAACAGUUUAUUAGCUGCUGCUGGUGUCGGGGGUGUUGGUGUUGGCACAAAUCCAUCAAUUUAUGGUUAUCCUACUAAUCCAUUGCUAGACUAUAGUAGUAAUUUAGGUGUACCAACAUUUCCAACUAUUGGUGGUCUUGACUAUGCAACAUUACAGAGGUCUGGUGUUUAUUCAGGUCUACCACAAACACAACCAACAUCAAUACCAGCUGGAUUAAUUCCACAUAAUCCAGUUACAGAUAUUACUACAUUACAAAGAGAAUGUGUACGAUUGCAACAUGAAUUACAUGUGACUAGAGAGAAAUUAAAUGCCUGUACAAUUAGCAUACGUACAUUUUGGAGUCCCGAAUUGAAGCGUGAGCGAGCAAUGCGUAAAGAAGAGAAUGCAAAAUAUGCUAUAUUAGCUGAUCACUUACAUCAAUUACAAUUGGAAAAACAAACAAUGUUAGAAACAUUACAUAAUAUGGAAUCAGAUUUACGUCAAGAACGUGAUAAAAGAAAUCGUAGCCGUUUCAGUAGUAGUACAAAUGAUUCCGAUGGUUUAAAUGAAUUAGAUUUAGCUAAACGUCAAAUUGAUGAAUUAACAUUAGAAAAUCGUCAACUUAAAAAAUCUAUUGAAGAUUCUGAUAGACGUAUAACUAAUUUAAAAUCUAGUUUAAAUGCUACCGAAGAAAGUUUACGUCGAUUAGUUGAUGCAGUAAAAGCUGGUAAAUCAUCAAAUAUCAAUCCAGAAACUACAACUAAUACAAAUUUAACUAUUGGUGAUGGAUUAACAUCAGUUGGUGAUCAAAGUACUAUUUCAUCUAUCAAAUUAGAUCGUAUUGAAGCAGAUAGACUGGAAAUUUCACGUUUAAGAAAUCAAUUAAAUGAAACAUCAACUCGAAGAAGUGAAGCAGAACGUCAAUUAAUUGAAAGAAAUUUUGAAUUAUCAAGAAUAAAAGAGGAUUUUGAUGCCCUUUUACAAGAACAUCGACAACUUAGACAAGAGUGUGAAACACUUCGACAUGAUACAAGACAAACUCAAACGUUACAAUCAUUGGUUGAUACAAAAGAAUCGAAAAUUUUAACUUUAGAAAAUGAAAUACGUCUUUUAGAAGAUGAAAUUACACGUCUUCGUGAUGAUGGUCUAAUUACUCCAAAUACAUCUACAAGUAGUGGAAUUGAUGAUUUAGAUAAAACUUUACAAGUAUUUCGUAGUAAUGAACGUAUUCUAAAAUCUAAAAUUGAAAUGUUAAAUAGCGAAAUGUCAAAACGUGAAUGUGAAUUAUACACAUUACAAUCACGUUUAGAAAUGACGGAUAAACAACAUCAAGAUCAAAAUCAUCAUAUUAAUGUAUUAAAAGAACAAGUGAAUACACGUGAACAUAAAAUCUCUAUGUUAACAGCUGAUGCUGAAGAUUUUCGUAAACGAAUUAAAGAGAAAGAAAAUCUUUUAGAGAAAAAAUCAAAAGCAUUAACUAAUGCACAAACAGCUAAACGACAAAUUGAACAAGAAUUAAAUGAAUUAAAAGAUCAAAUGGAUAUAAAAGAUAGAAAAAUAUCAUUAUUACAAAAAAAGAUUGAAAAUAUAGAAGAUUUACUUAAUGAUAAAGAAACACAAUUAGCAACAGCUCAAGCUCGUCUUUCACGUAUCAGUACAGAACGUGUCAGUUCAGAUGGUAGUCGUAUUGGAUGGGAAGAAACAUUAAAAGAUAAAGAUCGACAAAUUGAACGUUUAAAAGAAGCUCGUCAACGAAAUGAAUCAGAAAUUGCCGAAGAAUUAGAAACACAAAAACGUCUAAAUACUGAAUUUAAAAAUCGUUUAGAUCUUUUACAAAAAGAACUAGAUGAGAAGACAACACAAUUAAUGGAAAUACGUGAUGAAACAAGUGAUUAUCGUACAUCACGUUUUAAAUUAGAAACAGAAAUAAGUCAAUUACAAACACAAUUAAGUCAACGAAAUUCAGAAGUGACCACAUUACAAAUGGAGAAACAAUUAUUACAAAAGCAACUAACUACUGAAUCGGAUAUGAAAUUUUUACAAAGAACAGCUGAAUUAGAAGGUCAAUUAAAUCACUAUAUGGAAAAUUCAUCUAAACUUCAAACAGAAGUAGAUCGUUUAUUGCGUACUAUUGAUAGCGAAAAAUUUGAUAAAGAAAAUCAACUGAAUGAAUUAAAAGAAGAACUUCGUGAAGCACAAAAUAAUUUGAAUAAUUUAAAACGUAGUCAACAAAAUGAACGAAAAAAAUCAAGUCAACAACUUGAAGAAUUAAGACAACGUGAAGAGAAUGCACAAUCUGAUAAUGAAAUAUUAAAGGGUAUUAUAACAGAGAAAGAUGGAAGAAUUCGUGAACUAGAACAAGCUUUGCGUGAAAGUGUACGUCUAACUGCAGAACGUGAAAUUUACGCUUCCGGUCGUGAUGAUGAAACAAGACAUUUAGAGCAACAGGUACGUGAAUUACGAAGUAAUCUAGAACAUUUUCAACGUGAAAGAAAUAAUCUUUCAGCUCAAUUAGCUUCAGCACAAGAAGAAUUAACUGAUCGUGAAAAUCAACUUAAAACAUUGGAACAAGAAUGUUUCCAGAAUUAUUUACCUGAACUAGAAAAAUUGCGACGUUCAAAUCAUGAAGCUAAUUUACGUGUAGCAGCUAUGAUUAAACUAACACAAGGACGUGAGCAUACUUUAACUGAUCAAGAUCGUGCUGCUUUGUCUACCAUUCCUCUUUUCCCGAAUAUAUCACUUCAUGGAACAUGGUCAGGAAUGUCUGGUGGUCUAGAAAAUAUUGGUGCAACAUCUGGUACAAGAAGAACAGAUUAUUUGGCACCAUAUCAUACAGGUAGUGGUGGAUCAUUAUCACCACAUUUAGCAGGAAGUGCAUUUCAAUUCAUUGGCAAUACUUCAUCUAGUGGUGGCGUAGGUACAGUUGGUGGUAGGGCAUCAGUACCUGGACAAUUAAUGUCUAGUCCAGAUGUUAUUAUGUUAACGAGAAUGUUACAGGAAAAAGAAAACAUGCUUCAACAACAUUUACAAGAAUUAACUCGGUUAAGAUUUCAAAAUUCUGAACUUGAAAUACGUUUGAAAGCAACACAACGAGAAUUAGAUACAAAAGCGGCUAGAUUAAAUGUUCUUGAAACUACUCAUCUUAAUUCAUCUACUGGAAUACAUGAUUUAAGUACAAGAUCCCCAUCAAGUAAUCAAUUAUCUAAAGAAUUAGCUAUAUUACGUAAAACAAAUCAAGAAUUAAGUGUUAAAUUUAAUCAAUUACAAAUGGAAUUAGAUGAACGUUCACGUGGUGGAACAUCAACUGUUGGGGCUUAUGAUAGAUUGAAGUCGUCAAUGGGAUUACAUACAACAGACUUUACAGAAAUGGCUACAUUGAGACGAGAACUUGCUUCUGCUAAGGCUGAACGUGAAGUGGAGGUUGCUAGUUUAAACAGUCAAAUGGAAUUAAUCAAACGUGAACGUGAUGAUUUCAAUGAAAAGUUUAAUGAAACAAAAACUGAUCUCACGGAGAAAAUUCAUCAGCUACGUACAUUGGAAUCCGAGAAAGAAAAACUUAUUUCAGAAAAAGAUGCUUUACAAAAGAAAUAUGAAUCAGUUUUAAGUCAAUUAAGUGAAAAAUCUGAAAAACUUAAACAAAUCGAACAAGAUUGUGCAAAAUCUCAUAUUGAUGAAAUUAAAAGAUUAACUACUGAAUUAAAUGAUUUAAAACAUCAUGUUAACUAUUUACAAAAUACAAUAAAAAGUCGUGAAACUCGUAUUGAGACAACUGAGAAAGAAUCUUUUAAGCUAAGAGAUGAACUAAAUAAUAUACGUAAACAAUUGGCAACUGCUGAAGCAGAAGUGAAAAGUUUACGUGAUGAUGCAGUUUAUAGAGAAGAACGAAUAAAGCAAAUACAAAAUCAAUAUACUGAGGAACUAUCACGACUACGUUGUACUAAUCAAGAACAAGUAACACGUAUUGGACAUUUGGAAAUGAAAUUAGAUGAGAAAGGACAUCAAUUAAAGAGUCAAACAAGUGAAAUUCGUUGUCAAGCUGAUGAAAUUACUCGUCUACAGUCUACAAUCGAAGAAACCAAUAAUCGACUAUCAGUUAAUCAGAAACGUGCAGAAGAACGUGAAAUGAGGUUAAGAAAACUUGAAAAUGAAAAUCAUGAUUUAUUAGAUGAAAUUCAUGGUCUACGUAAAGGUAACACAGAGUUGGAGAGUCAAAUUGAUAGUUUAAGACAACGUUUAUUAGAUCGACAAGAAUCGACCGAAUCUGUUACUGGAGUACCAUUAACAUCUACUAGAAUAUAUCAACCAAGUUUAGGAUUAUCUACAACUUCUAAUCAAGAAUUAGAUAGAUUACGUAAACAGUAUAGUGAAAUGAAAACAUCUUGUGAACAAGCACAAAAAUCAUUUGAAGAAGCUCAAAUACAGUAUGAUCAAAUGAAAAUUCAAUAUGAUAAUUUACAAGUACAAUAUGAACAAGAAAAUGAAAAAUGUAAAAAAUUAGAAGAACAGCUACGUAAUAAAAUCAAUGAAUUAAAUGAACAAACUUCAGAAACGCGUACUUUAAUCCAACCAACUCAUCAGUUGACGUUGAAAAUCGAGGAACUUCAGAAAGAACUGGAACGUAAAGAAGCUCAGAUUAUAUGCUUGAAUAAACAGAUAGAUCGUCAAUAUACAUCUUUAUCAACUACACCAGAUGGACGUCAUACUGAUUCUACUAAUCAACAAUUAUUAAUUGCUGAUUUACAAGUUCGUCUUCGUCAAGCUAUUGAAGAUCGUGAUAUUGCACGUGAACAACUGACAACUAAUUUAACUAGAGCUGAAACAUCUACAUUAGAUAUGCAACAACAAUAUAUGUUGGAUAAACAAAGUUUACAACAACAAAUUACCAAUUUAACCCAAACAGUACAAAAUAUGACAAAUGAAUCAGAACGUUAUCAAAGAGAAUUUAAACAAGCUAGUUCACGUGUUCAACAACUUAGUCGUCAAUUACAAGAAACACAAUCAAAUUGUGAUUCAAUUGCUCGACAAAGAGAUAAUUUAAGAGAUCAAUUGGAUCAGUUAAAACGUAGUAUGGGACGAAGUGGUUCAGCUACAGUAACUAGUAUUUUUGGUAUAAGUAGUUCAACUGGUGGAAUGCGUCCAGCAUCUGCUGGUCCAGGAAAUUAUGAUAAUGUUCCAUUAUAUAGUACAACAUCUGGAACAACUCAUCUAUCUAGAGAAAUGGAUCGUUUACAUAGAGAAUGUGAAAAUUUACAAAAUCAAUUAAGAAUUAGUCAAGAAUCAGAACAAGAAUCUCGUAAUUUAGUUGAUAAUUUAAAGAAUGAUAUAAAGAAUCUUACAAAUGAGAUAGAACAAUUUAAGGAACAAAUUAAAGAAUUAGAAAAACAAAAAAUGGAAUAUAAUAAUGAAUUAACUAAGACUCAACGUGAACUUCAAACUCAAACUGAUGUAGCAAAAGACAAAUUAACUCAUACACAACAACUUUUAAUUGAGAAAACAAGUCAGCUUGAAAAUGCAGCAAACCAAUUGAAUAAUGUACGACAAUAUUGUUCUGAACUUGAACAACGUAUUAAUGAAAUGUCACAACGAUUAAAUAUGGCAGAAUCACAUACUCAACAACAAGCAGAUGAAUUAAAACGUUGUCAACAAUUAGAAUUUGAAUGUAAUCAAUUACGUAAUGAAAUAAAGGCUAGUCAUAAUGAAGUACAACAUUUACAAUUACAAUUAGAUCAAUUGAAUAGAGAAUAUCAAAAUCAAGGAAGAAGAAUGGAACAAAUGACUAUUGAAUUAAGUACAACACAAUCAAAUACAAAUCAAAUAAAACAAGAAUUACAAUUAACUAAAGAACGUAAUAAAGAACUUGAAACAAAAAUUACUGAUACUCAUCAAACAAUUAGAGAAUCAGAAACGGAAACAUUGAAUAUAUUACGUGCAGAACUGAAAGAUACUCAAGUGAUUAAACAACAACUUGACGAACAAUUAAACUCGUUACAAGAAGAUUUAAGGCAAACUCAACAAGAAUUAGAUGAAAAAACUAGAGCUUUAGAUAUAUUGGAAAAUACUCAUCUUCGAAAUCAAUCUGAAGAAAUAAUCACUUUGCAGAAAGAGCUAAGUAAUGCACGUAUGCAAAUUGAAGAGCUUGGAGGCCCUAUAGAACCAGGUUCCAAAUUGAGAGGACCACCUUUAAAAAUAGAGAUUGAUACACUGAAAAAAGAAAUUAAUAAACGUGAAGAUGCACUUAAUCGUUUAGAAAGAGAAUGUCAAGAAAAGCAUAUACAUCGUAUUGAAGCAAUGCAAUCACAAUUACGUCGAUUUGAAGAAGAAACUGCUAAUUUAAAUCAAGUUUUAGAUGAACAAAGAGUUGGAUUAGAAGAAAGAGAUCGUGUUAUUCGACAAUUACGAUCGGAUCAAGCUCAAGGAUCAUUGAUUGAACUUGAAAAAUUGAAAGCUGAACAUAAUGGUUGUAAAGAUAAAAUUGAACAAUUGAACAAACGUAUUACCACAUUGAAUAAACAAGUUGAAGAUCAAUCCGAUGAAAUUUUAACAAUCAAAUUAGAAUCACUUACUGCUUCAUUAUGUGAAAAAGAAGCUAAUAUUGCUUUAAUGGAAUUAACUGCUCCAAAGAAUACAACUUCUAAUCAAGCAUUAGAAAAAUUACGAAUGGAACGGGAUCAAUUACAACAACAACAAAAACAACUUAGUAAUACACGUGCUAUGCUUUUAGAAGAAAAAAUGUCACGUCAAUAAUUUUUUUUUAUUUAUUUAUUUCAAUGAAUAUGAUCUUCUAUACUAUAUAUCUAUACUUUAACAAUUCAAUCAUGAAAUCAUUCAUUCUAGUAAUCUGUUAUCUUAUCCAUCCUAUCCUAUCCAUCUAACCUAUCCAUCUAACCUAUCCAUCUAACCUAUCUAUCUAUCUAACCUAUCUAUCAUUCUUUCUAUUGUUUACAUAGUUAACUUUUUUUUUAAUUAUAUUAAAUCUUCAAAAUAUUGUUUAUUUUUAAAUUUCAUCUUUCUUUUUUUUAUUUUUUUAAUUAUUAUUGUCAUUGAAAACAUUUUGAUCAAUUUUUUUCUUAUUUUUAUUAUUUUCGGUCUUUUCUUUUCCUUUUCUUUUUUAUUUACUUUUUUCUUUACUUUUCUUUUCUUUCCUUUUUCUCUUUUUCUUUUCUUUUUUCUUUUUCCUUUUUCAUUUUUCUUCUUUUUCUGUUUUUCUUGUUUUCUAUUCUUUUUUCUUUACUUUUUCUUUUUUCCUUUUCCUUUUCUUUUUUAUUUA